CCGCAGGCUGGCCGCCGAGCUGGAGAGGGCGCAGGAGGAGGCCGAGAGGCUGGCCGCCGAGCUGGACAGGGCGCAGGAGGAGGCUGAGAAGCUGGCCGCCGACCUCGAGAAGGCGGAGGAGGAUGCCGAGAGGCAGAAGGCCGACAACCGCAGGCUGGCCGCCGACAACGAGCGGCUGGCUGCCGAGCUGGACAGGGCGCAGGAGGAGGCCGAGAGGCUGGCCGCCGACCUCGAGAAGGCGGAGGAGGAUGCCGAGAGGCAGAAGGCCGACAACGAGCGGCUGGCUGCCGAGCUGGACAGGGCGCAGGAGGAGGCCGAGAGGCUGGCUGCCGAGCUGGAGAAGGCGCAGGAGGAGGCCGAGAGGCUGGCCGCCGAGCUGGAGAAGGCGCAGGAGGAGGCCGAGAGGCAGAAGGCCGACAAGGAGCGGCUGGCCGCCGAGCUGGACAGGGCGCAGGAGGAGGCUGAGAAGCUGGCCGCCGACCUCGAGAAGGCGGAGGAGGAGGCCGAGAGGCAGAAGGCCGACAACCGCAGGCUGGCCGCCGACAACGAGCGGCUGGCUGCCGAGCUGGAGCGGGCGCAGGAGGAGGCCGAGAGGCUGGCUGCCGAGCUGGAGAGGGCGCAGGAGGAGGCCGAGAGGCUGGCCGCCGAGGUGGACAGGGCGCAGGAGGAGGCUGAGCAGCUGGCCGCCGACCUCGAGAAGGCGGAGGAGGAGGCCGAGAGGCAGAAGGCCGACAACCGCAGGCUGGCCGCCGACAACGAGCGGCUGGCUGCCGAGCUGGACAGGGCGCAGGAGGAGGCCGAGAGGCUGGCUGCCGAGCUGGAGAAGGCGGAGGAGGAGGCCGAGAGGCUGGCCGCCGAGCUGGAGAAGGCGCAGGAGGAGGCCGAGAGGCUGGCCGCCGACCUCGAGAAGGCGGAGGAGGAUGCCGAGAGGCAGAAGGCCGACAACGAGCAGCUGGCCGCCGAGCUGAACAGGGCGCAGGAGGAGGCCAAGAGGCUGGCUGCCGACCUCGAGAGGGCGCAGGAGGAGGCUGAGAAGCUGGCGGCCGAGCUGGAGAGGGCGCAGGAGGAGGCUGAGAAGCUGGCUGCCGACCUCGAGAAGGCCGAGGAGGAUGCCGAGAGGCAGAAGGCCGACAACGAGCGGCUGGCCGCCGACAACGAGCGGCUGGCUGCCGAGCUGGAGAGGACGCAGGAGGAGGCCGAGAAGCUGGCCGCCGACCUCGAGAAGGCGGAGGAGGAUGCCGAGAGGCAGAAGGCCGACAACGAGCAGCUGGCCGCCGAGCUGAACAGGGCGCAGGAGGAGGCCAAGAGGCUGGCUGCCGACCUCGAGAGGGCGCAGGAGGAGGCUGAGAAGCUGGCGGCCGAGCUGGAGAGGGCGCAGGAGGAGGCUGAGAAGCUGGCUGCCGACCUCGAGAAGGCCGAGGAGGAUGCCGAGAGGCAGAAGGCCGACAACCGCAGGCUGGCCGCCGACAACGAGCGGCUGGCUGCCGAGCUGGAGAGGACGCAGGAGGAGGCCGAGAAGCUGGCCGCCGACCUCGAGAAGGCGGAGGAGGAGGCCGAGAGGCAGAAGGCCGACAACGAGCGGCUGGCCGCCGAGCUGGACAGGGCGCAGGAGGAGGCCGAGAAGCUGGCCGCCGACCUCGAGAAGGCGGAGGAGGAUGCCGAGAGGCAGAAGGCCGACAACGAGCGGCUGGCCGCCGAGCUGAACAGGGCGCAGGAGGAGGCUGAGAAGCUGGCCGCCGACCUCGAGAAGGCGGAGGAGGAUGCCGAGAGGCAGAAGGCCGACAACGAGCGGCUGGCCGCCGAGCUGAACAGGGCGCAGGAGGAGGCCGAGAGGCUGGCUGCCGAGCUGGAGAGGGCGCAGGAGGAGGCUGAGAAGCUGGCUGCCGACCUCGAGAAGGCGGAGGAGGAGGCCGAGAGGCAGAAGGCCGACAACGAGCAGCUGGCCGCCGAGCUGAACAGGGCGCAGGAGGAGGCUGAGAAGCUGGCUGCCGAGCUGGAGAAGGCGCAGGAGGAGGCUGAGAAGCUGGCUGCCGACCUCGAGAAGGCGGAGGAGGAGGCCGAGAGGCAGAAGGCCGACAACGAGCGGCUGGCCGCCGAGCUGAACAGGGCGCAGGAGGAGGCCGAGAAGCUGGCUGCCGAGCUGGAGAAGGCGCAGGAGGAGGCCGAGAGGCUGGCUGCCGAGCUGGAGAAGGCGCAGGAGGAGGCUGAGAGGCUGGCCGCCGAGCUGAACAGGGCGCAGGAGGAGGCCGAGAGGCUGGCUGCCGAGCUGGAGAGGGCGCAGGAGGAGGCCGAGAGGCUUGCUGCCGAGUUGGACAGGGCGCAGGAGGAGGCCGAGAGGCUGGCUGCCGAGCUGGAGAGGGCGCAGGAGGAGGCCGAGAGGCUGGCCGCCGAGCUGAACAGGGCGCAGGAGGAGGCUGAGAAGCUGGCUGCCAACCUCGAGAAGGCGCAGGAGGAGGCCGAGAGGCAGAAGGCCCACAACGAGCGGCUGGCCGCCGAGCUGGAGAGGGCGCGGGAGGAGGCUGAGAGGCUGGCCGCCGAGCUGGAGAAGGCGCAGGAGGAGGCUGAGAGGCUGGCCGCCGAGCUGGAGAAGGCGCGGGAGGAGGCUGAGAGGCUGGCCGCCGAGCUGGAGAGGGCGCGGGAGGAGGCUGAGAGGCUGGCCGCCGAGCUGGAGAAGGCGCAGGAGGAGGCCGAGAGGCUGGCCGCCGAGCUGGACAGGGCGCAGGAGGAGGCUGAGAAGCUGGCUGCCGACCUCGAGAAGGCGGAGGAGGAGGCCGAGAGGCAGAAGGCCGACAACGAGCGGCUGGCCGCCGAGCUGGACAGGGCGCAGGAGGAGGCCGAGAGGCUGGCUGCCGAGCUGGAGAGGGCGCAGGAGGAGGCCGAGAGGCUUGCUGCCGAGCUGGACAGGGCGCAGGAGGAGGCCGAGAGGCUGGCUGCCGAGCUGGACAGGGCGCAGGAGGAGGCUGAGAAGCUGGCUGCCGACCUCGAGAAGGCGGAGGAGGAGGCCGAGAGGCAGAAGGCCGACAACGAGCGGCUGGCCGCCGAGCUGAACAGGGCGCAGGAGGAGGCUGAGAGGCUGGCCGCGGAGCUGGAGAAGGCGCAGGAGGAGGCUGAGAAGCUGGCCGCCGACCUCGAGAAGGCGGAGGAGGAUGCCGAGAGGCAGAAGGCCGACAACCGCAGGCUGGCCGCCGACAACGAGCGGCUGGCUGCCGAGCUGGACAGGGCGCAGGAGGAGGCCGAGAGGCUGGCCGCCGAGCUGGACAGGGCGCAGGAGGAGGCCGAGAGGCUGGCCGCCGAGCUGGACAGGGCGCAGGAGGAGGCUGAGAAGCUGGCCGCAGACCUCGAGAAGGCGGAGGAGGAUGCCGAGAGGCAGAAGGCCGACAACCGCAGGCUGGCCGCCGACAACGAGCGGCUGGCUGCCGAGCUGGACAGGGCGCAGGAGGAGGCCGAGAGGCUGGCCGCCGAGCUGGACAGGGCGCAGGAGGAGGCUGAGAAGCUGGCCGCCGACCUCGAGAAGGCGGAGGAGGAUGCCGAGAGGCAGAAGGCCGACAACCGCAGGCUGGCCGCCGACAACGAGCGGCUGGCUGCCGAGCUGGACAGGGCGCAGGAGGAGGCCGAGAGGCUGGCCGCCGAGCUGGACAGGGCGCAGGAGGAGGCCGAGAGGCUGGCCGCCGAGCUGGACAGGGCGCAGGAGGAUGCCGAGAGGCAGAAGGCCGACAACCGCAGGCUGGCCGCCGAGCUGGACAGGGCGCAGGAGGAUGCCGAGAGGCAGAAGGCCGACAACCGCAGGCUGACCGGCGAGCUUGCAGACAAGGAGCGGGAGCUGGCCGCAUUUCGCGAGAAGCGCCGCGCAGCGCAGGAUGCUCGUGCCGAUGAACCGGAACUGGCUUUGGCCGACGGCAUCUCGAGACGCGACGCCCGCGCAAGGAGCCGCGGCCUUCCCGCGGCUCAGUCGCACCCCGCCGCGGAAGCCGUCGACCCACACACCAUCGCUGCAGAACCGUUGUACGCCGUGACGCUGAAUGAGUACAAAGCCAAGCAGGCCGCUGUUGAUAAUGCAGUGGUGGUGGCUUGUGCCGCUGAGGAGGCUGUAAAGGAAAAGUUGAGGGAAAACGCAGAGCUGAUGGUGGAACUGGAGAAGGUGCGCGAUCAAGCUUAUGAGAUGGAUCGUCGGCGGCAGGAGGAUGGUGCGGCCAUGGAAGGGGAACUGCUUGUGGUGUUGAUGGAGUUGAAGAAGCUGAAGGGAAUCAAUGAUGCACUGCUGGCGCUACUGCGCGACAAGGAAUACGAAGUAAAGGAACUGCGCUAUCACAAUGAGCUUUGGGUAGAUCCUCCCGGGGACAAGAAGCAGAUUGUGACACGUCACACUAAGAUAUUUGAUGGAAACUGGAAGAGGAUUGUUAGCGAGCGUCCAGAGGCGCUAUUCGCGGCGUUUGUAAUCGAUGCUGGUAAUGCAUGCCACGUUCCCGGGGACAACAUCAAACAAGUAAACUUUGAUCACGACUAA